AAAUAGUGCGCACCGUCAGCGUGCUCACUUGCUUCUCCAUAGAGAUGCCCAACAGGAGCGAUCGCCGGCAUGGAGGAAGAUAGCAACACAGGAGAUUCUCCCCGGAAUGCCGAGACGGAGCCGUACAAGGAGUCAGUGGCGACCAAAGUGGCGUUCCUAGCUGGCCUUACCUUCGUCUCCUUAUUCGCCGGUCUGGGUCUAAAGCUGGGGCUUGCGGGGAGGCGCUACCGGCGCUCUCUACGGAACAAGCCGGGGGAGGAGGGACACGAGGACCCGGUGCUGCUGGCAUCCAGGGCUUUGGCUUGGGGGACCGCGUAUUCCAUGGGAGGAACUGGGGUUCUGGUACUGGUGUCCACCGGGGUAGUGAAAUUUCUGAACAGGUCUUCGAAACAGCAGGAAUAAGAUAACAUUGGAAAGCAACUCGACUGAGCUAUGUCAUUGCUGACAUCACGAGUGUUUGCACGAUACUCUUGCUAUCAAGCCCAGUAUACAAUAGCACAAUUCUUCAUGCAGUUUUGACUUCAAUCAAGUGUAUAGCUAUAAUUAUACCUCAAUUGCUAUAAUAAUGCGUUUGAGAAUUUACUUUCCUAGCUCUGGGCAUCAGCUCUGUCACUGUGUCCCUUGUGACGACUGCUAUACUCUACAGUAAAUGCAUUGAACUUCAU